AACUCGAUUAAUCUCAAACCAUUCCCAUCCUCAAUACAAGGAGUCCUCCCAGACUUAAGUGACCAGUCCUUUAAUCUGGCCACAAUUCUUUUGCUAGCUCACUUCCUCAUUUGACCUUUUUAAAUAUCGACCAAAAAUAAACCUCCUUAAUCUCAUUCAUUUCCAGAAACAAGAAGAGUUUAAUUAGUCGUUUGGCUGUCACAUAUGACAUCAUGCAGUUCCAACUCCGUGUGGACAACCAAGCAAAACAAACUGUUCGAAAAGGCCUUGGCAUUAUAUGAUAAGGACACUCAAGACCGUUGGCAAAAGAUUGCCAAUGUUGUUGGGAAAUCUCCAGAAGAAGUAAAAAGGCACUAUGAAAUCCUUGUUGAGGAUGUUAAAAGCAUCGAGCAAGGUCAAGUCCCAUACCCUUACAGAUCAAAUGGACGCAAUGGCUAAAACAUCAAAUUCAACAAAUGAAGGCUAACUGCUUAGAACGUCGUAUCCUCAGUUGUAAAGACGGCGAAAGCGGAAUCUGAGUAGAUCAAUCCUUAUUACUCCAAAGGAAUUUCUCUUGAGGAUUUUAUCAAUCAAUUUUAAGUACAUUUCCAAUUUUCCAGUGCAAUUAGCCAAGAAUUAUGUAUUCCCUUAUCAAAUUACCUAUGUAAUUGUGUUCUUAUUACUGUUAUCAAUAUGUAAUUGUGUUCUUAUUAAUGUAAUGGUGUUGCUAUUUAACAUUAAUUAAUCAAUGAAAAGUUUUUGGUUUGAUAA